CCUAUUAACUUUACAAAAAUGAAUUCUGGGAUAACCAAUUGGAUGGCUCAAAAUGAGUUAGUAAAGCCUAUGUCGAUGCUGAAGAAGACGAAUUUAGGAUUCAUUACUCCUGCACAUAGGAACGGGAAAACCCCAAAAGUACCAUUAACAAGUGGAAAAGUAAAAAGUAGACAAUAUCCUAAUAAAGGGAAAUUUGUGCCUCGGAAGACCCAUCAAUUCUUCAAUAAAAGCCGUGAGAAAUGAUUUAGGAAAGGAGGGUUGAACAACUCAAAUGCACUCCGUCUUCCUCAGGAAGAGCUGCUUCCAGAAGUGUAUAAACUUUGAUCUCAUCAGAGCCAAAGUAUAAAGCAUGGAGAGUACGAAAUUCGAAAUUUGAAGGCGACUCCAAUCAAAACUGUCACCUCUACUUCCAAAGUAUCCAGAAACCAGUAUUCAAGUAUUCCUCAAGACCGAUCAGUCCUAGACUCAAAGAAUUUCACCAAUAAUAUUAUUGAGAGCUCUAAAAUAACCAUUCAAGAGUGAAAAGAAAUUGUUGGGAUUCCUGACAGUUCAGAUUACAAGGAUGAUAACACGAAAGUGUCGAACUCAAAAUCAAGCAGCUCUACUAGACAGACAGAGGCGAAAGAGGCUAACUUAAGUCCCAAGGGAGGCUCUUUUAAUAAGAAUAUUGUAAUACAUGUGGCUGACCCAAAUUCUACGUCUAAGAAAGAUUUUACGGUAAACCAAAGACUCCUCAUGUCCCGAAUGAAGUUCUUUGAGGGAUAUAUUUCACAUUACAUGAAGAGCAAGCAGUAUAAAUAGCCAGAGUAAGAACCUUAAGCGUGAGGACUGUAAGACGUGCAAAAUCAACGGUAGCACUAAUUCUCACUCUGACUGCAUCAAAUUCUCUCUGCUCAAUGAGCUUGAUAUUACAGUACAGUGCCAGAUAGAUGUCUUCAAAUGGCUGAUGAAAUAUAUCGACCCAGCUAAGGAGAAACCUUCUUUUGACAACAGAAAUGUCAGCUCCAUUCUAGUCUCUGCUGAUUCCUUGGUAAUGGAAGAUCUCGUUGAAGAAUGCCUUGGAUAUAUCAAAUAAACACUUGGCUGAAAUCGUGGGGAAUGUGGAUAAUAUACCUCCCUACAAGUCUCAUUUGGCGAAGAAACUCGCUGAUUCAGUUAACAUUGAUAGCCUUGAGACUCUUGGAAAUAAGAAGAAUUACCUCUUAUCAAGGCUAUUUAAGAAGAAACUUGAGUGAUACUUUGAGGAUAGCUCCUGCCUCCUGUUUAGGUGACUUAACUGCAAUGGUUUGUUUACAAAAUCUCAAGCAGAUCUCAUUCCGUGCAAAUAACUCAACUUGAAGGUUUAUUAACUAUCAAGGGAAAUUAAUCCCACAGCACAAUAUUGACUUUAACUUCGACCUGAAUGAUUACGUAAUGGCUCUUAGGGAUAAGAACUUGCAGUGGAGGAAUAUUUACUGGAUGCUUUGGGCAUCCACCAUUACAAUGCACUGAGCCUUUUGUAACCAAUAUUACAAAGGAAUCGAGCUAGAUCAGUGAAUGUAUCAUCCUGAAGAUUACAGCCAAUCAAUUUGCUCCUCCUCUAAAAUAUACGAGUGCUGUGGCAAGGUAUACUCCUUUGCUGAUUCUGUUAACAAAUGUCCUGACGGUUGUGAAGUAAGAAGGCAUAACAUUGAUGAGAAAGUAUUUACUCAGACAUCUCAUCCUGAGUUCAGCAAGCGAAGAGAUAGUUAUAAAUCCGAGAUUCAUAGAUUAGAAAAGAUUAUAGUUGAUUCUACCAUCAUUAACUUUGAUAAUCUCAGAAUUUUGAAUGAGACCAUCGAUACCAUAAAGAUCAAACCUAUUCUUGAAAAAGUAUACGAACUUGAUCCUAUAUUUACUCCUGAAGAGUCUAUUUUCCUAAAAAUGUACCAAAAAUGACCAUUCGAGGAGUCUAAAGACUGCUUCUCACCUAUAAAAGUUGGCUCGAAGGUCACAUCUCACAUAUCUCCUAAGAAAAAAUCCAAUAAGAACAAGGUCUGGCUAAAAGAUGCCCUCCGGAGUGAUGACAGCUCUUGAAUGUCAAUGCUCAUCCAAGACCUUAAAAAUUUACGAGGAAAACCAUAA